UCUUGUAAACUAUGCAGUGAAAAGCAGAACUACUUUUUCAUUAAGUUAGUUAUAAAAGCAAUUUAAUAGCGUUUACUCUGCCAGUCCGGCUGGUGGCGCCAAACUGUGGUUCCCGCAUACAAAAGAAGAAGAAACGCGCUUCUCCCUCCCCCACUAGUCCUCCAACAUGGCGGCUGCCAGGAGAUUGAAGCGCGUGGCGAUCUCACAGCCAGGUUUUUUAACUUUAAACCCCAAAGUAACCCCUACAGACCUGGUCAGCAGUCGGAGAAAGCGUGUGAACAAGAAUAAGAAGAAGAACUGGAACAAAUACAGCGACGUACAGGACGUAGAGGAGUUUCUAGAAGACGUCAGGCAUCAAGAGAGGACCACGGGGGGUCUGCUGUCUGAGAAAUCAGAUGACAGUUUGUUCUUUUUGGAUGUUGGACAGCCGAAGAAAGUUGAAGAGAAAGAUCAGAAGAUCCUUGAAAGACAUCAUGCCAAGGAAAUUCAGGAACAAAUGACAAAUGUGCUGGCCUACCAGAAGCCAAAUGCCAAGAAACUUCGUCGCACUGCCGAGAGAGCGGAGAAGCUGGCAGCCAAAGGUGUGGUCCCACGGAGCAAGAAGCGUCUGCUGAACAGAACCGUUGUUGACAGGACGAGCAAAAAGACAGAAACUGAGGCCAACAACAACCCAGAGAGAGAUUUCUAUGACAUUUGGGGACAAGAGAGUGAGUUUUGUGUGUUCAUUUAUGUACAUCCAAUGAUGAUCCCAUCCUUGCGCUCCCAGUAUUUCCUUCUUGGGAAUGUGAAGACUAACAUGGAGCUCAAAUGUUUGUCCAUAACAGCUGAUCGUCCAGAGAAGCUGAACGAGAAGCCGUCUGUGCUCCCGGCUGUAGAGGUGAUCGCUCCGGGAGGGUCCUACAACCCAGACUUUUUCUCCCACCAGGAUUUGCUCAGGGAAGCCCACGAGGUGGAGUUGAAAAAGAAGAAGGUAGAAGACAAACUAGAGAGACAGCUGGCUUACAACAAAGAAGACAGAGCUACAGAGGAGACAAUCCUCCGUGAGCAGGUAGAAGGCUUGGUAGAGGAGAGUGAAGAGGAGGAAGAAAAAGAUGCUCCAAAAGAGGAUGGGGAGGAAGUGGCAGUGGGAGCCAUCGCAGUGGCCGACAAGAAGACUGAAAGACAGAGAAAGCGAGAGAAGGCAGAAAAAAUCAAGGAGCAGCAGCGGUUGACAGAGAGGCGACAGACUGAGCAGCAACAGCAGCUCUUCCAGCUUCGCUCCAUAAAGACCUCGAUCAAACAGCAGGAAGAGACGACCCAGAUCAGACAGAAACGACGCAAGGCCAAGGAGGAGGCCCAGAAAGCUCAGCCCAGGCGACUCGGCAAACUCAAGUUCCAGCCUCAGGACAUGGAGGUUCAGUUGAGCGACGAGCUAGCCGGCUCCCUGCGACAACUCAAGCCAGAGGGCAGCGUGCUCAUGGACCGCUUCAAGAGUCUGCAGAAGAGAAACCUUAUUGAACCCAGAGAAAGAGCCAAGUUCAAGAGAAGACUCAAGGUGAAGUAUGUGGAGAAGAGGGCUUUCAAGGAGAUCAGUUGAUGCCGACCUACACAUCACGGGACUGAACGCAAGAAGCUGGGAGACUUUUAAACCACCAGUGCAGAAUAAUGGAACUGUGUAUAUACGACAUAAUGACUGCUGAGGGCCUGCUGGGCCCUUUCAGACUGAUGUCACCUGCAGCAGUGAUAUAUAAACUCUGACCAAGAGUGCCGGAUAUGAGUUUUAAUUGUUUCCUGUAGUGCAUCUGCCAUGCAGUGUUUCUAUAAUUUCUUUCAGUUAAAUACAGAUUACUGUAUCAUUGUGUGUUUGUGUUACAUAAUGUCAUGCCUAUCAGGGCACGAUCAAAAGGUUUGUAGUAAAUGGCCGAGUCUAGCUGUCAGUGUGUCACUACGCUGCUCAUACAAGAGUACACCAGGUUAAUGAAGGGUUAAACCCUGCAGUGGUAAUGGCAAUAUGUCAGCUCAUUGCUUAAGAUUAUGCCAUAUUCACACACCUAAACAUUUUAGUGUGUUCUGUGCUUGUUUGUUUUAUAUAUUGAUUACACAAAUCCAUCAUAAAAGCUGCUCAAAUGA